AUGUCCUUAUACAGAUAUGAUACAGACACAUACUUUGAGAUAGCUGUGGGUUCGUACCGUGGGAAGUGCAACAAAGCGCUGUACGCAGAUCGUGCGCUUCUCUUGCAACUGGAUCAUUUGAUGGCGCGGGGACAGUACAAAGAAGCGGUGCAAGUGUGUGUCAAAUCCACUGGCGAAGACUCAGACCUUCGGAGUGGUCUAUUAUUAGAACAAGCGGCCCAUUGCUUUCUGAACUGCACCCCAGCAAUGUACCGUAAGUUUGCCUUUCAUCUGAUUUUGGCGGGGCAUCGAUUUGGAAAGAGUGGACAUCGGAGUCAUGCGCUACGCUGCUACUUCCAGGCGUUGCGAGUGCUACAGGGCAAGCGAUGGUCAUUAGCUGAGGAUCACAUCCACUUCACAGUGGGGCGGCAGUCGUUUUACGUUAACGAUUUCCCACACGCACUGGAGGCCUUUUCACAGCUACUUCGCGAGGACAAAGAGGGUUCGCCCCAAGAGGCGUCGUAUCUGCGGGAGUAUCUGUUUACCCUAAACCGCUACCUCUUGGAUGAGAGAGACAGCCUGGCCCAGCAGGCUAAUCCACUACCUACCGGUGAGACGCCGUCACACGACCAGGCACACGCUGGGAAGACAGACCUCCGGCCCUUGCUGCCGGUGCCUACUAUCAAGAACGAGAGGCUGUUUGUGAUUCUGCAGAGGCAUGCGCCGUUGUCAACCGCUGCUCAUUCCAUGCCAUCCACUCCGGUCAACGGAACACUACUCGGGACUACGGGGGACAGGGGGCCUAUGACUUCACCCAGCGUAGCCACACGCACAGCCACCGGUGCAGUGCAUGCGACGGCUGUGGCUGAGCCGUUGGAGGACAUUCGCAUGUGGGCGGCAAUGGAGCAGACAGUCAGUGAGCGAUACGUCACCGACAGCGACAAGAGGCGCUGGGACUUCCCUGUCUUCAGGCCCUCCGUACCCGUGCUCACCUCCCACACCGACAACACGCGCCACCCCAUCGUCGCCCCAUAUGAAGACGUGUGUGUGGAGUUUGCCAUCACCAACACUCUCCGCGUGCCAUUGGUCCUGAAGGACGUACGCCUUUCCUGUGUAUGGACACCCAUCCAAGACACGACACACCCCCCAAGCACAGGAGAAACUAACCAUCAACUAAGUACAGGCGAGAUAGACCAACGGCCAAGCACAGGCGAAGCAGAGGCUGAGGUGGAGGGGGAGGGCUAUCACACCACCCCAUUGGCAAACGUGCACUUGGAGUGUGGGGAGACGCAGACGCUACUGUUGGUGGUGACGCCACUGCGGAUGGUAUGUGGUUGGGUGUGGGGGUUGUGUAUAUGGUAG